AUGGCUAAUGCGACUCCCAGUGAGAGUGUGGAUAGUGAGCUGUGCUGCUCCAUCUGCCUGGGCACAUUCGUCUGCCCCUCCACGCUGAGCUGCGGACACUCGUUCUGCCUGCAGUGCCUGGAGGCCGCCUGGGAGACGGCGAGCAGCUUCAGCUGCCCGCAGUGCCGAGCGACAUUCCCUGUGCGACCCCAGCUGAGGAGGAACGUGGCCCUCGCCAACCUGGUGGAGCAGCUCAGAGUUGUAGACGGGAUAACCACGGCCGUCGUGUGUGACAACUGCAAUGACGGCCAGACCCCUGCAGUGAAGACCUGCCUGAGAUGUGAGAUGUCCUUCUGUUUUUCUCACUUUAGGCCUCACCUGGAGAAUCGCAGGUUGAGAGACCACACUGUGGUGGAUCCCACUGCGAGCUUGGAUGAGCGAAGAUGCCCUCAGCACAGUGAAGAGCUGAAAUUCUACUGCAGAGUAGACAGCAGCCUGGUUUGCUCAUCUUGCACCAUCGCAGGUGGACAUAAAGGACAUAAUGUCACCAUGUUGAAGGACGAGCACGAGACACGGAAGACGCGUGUAGCGGAGGAGACACGAGCGGUGGAGGAGAAGAGGAAGGAGGCGGAGGAGUCCAUGAAGCGGAUGGAGGCCGCUCGCAAGGAGGCGCAGGAAUCGGUGGCCGGAAUCAGGGGUCGCAUCACGGGCAAGUUCGCCCGCCUAAGGAGGGCUCUGGACGAGGACGAGAGGGAGGCUCUCCGUCGCGUGGCCGUGAAGGAGGGCGAGCUGCUGUCCCGGAUAGACGAGGACAUCGCUCGUCACAAGCAUGAGAUCGACGAGCUCCAGGCGGCGGCCGCUCGCCUGCGCGCUCUGCAGCACGAGAGGGACUCGCUCACCUUCCUGCAGGGGCACCUGGAGGAGACGCGCAGGAGAGAGAUCCCAAAGGAAUCUGCACCCCUACCUCCCACUUCACUGGACGCCACCACGGUCCGCUCCCUUGAAAGGGUCGUGAACAGAUUCCUGCCUCUCGUCUAUGGACGCUCACCGACUCUGGACACAAACUCAGCCCACGACCUCCUCCAGAUUUCCUCGGAUCUCAGGAUGGUGACUGUGAGCGGUGUCCGCCAGCGUCGCCCCAAUCACCCACACCGCUUUGAUGCCUAUUACCAAGCCCUGUGCUCUGAGAGCUUCUCCUCGGGUCAGCACUACUGGGAGAUGGACGUGGGGAUUGCGAGGCUGUGUCGGGUUGGAGUCGCGUAUGUGACGAUCCCACGGAGAGGGCGUGGUGAUAAUUGCCGCCUGGGAGAAAGUGACAUCUCCUGGUGUCUACAGAACAAUGGCAACAGAUUCUCAGUGUGGCAUGGCGGGGUAGAGACGUCACUGUCGGUGCCGGAGCCUCUGCAGAGAGUCGGGGUCCACCUGGACUGGGACGCGGGGCUGCUGUCGUUUUACAGCGCCGACUCCAUGGCGCCGUUGCACUCGUUUCACCAAACCUUCGCUCAGCCCCUACAUCCUGCGUUGCUGGUGGGGUGGUGGGGUGAAGUUGGUGACUCAGUGAGGAUUGUGGAUCUGAGUGGUGCGUCCUGAGAGAGGCGAACGUGAACAGAGCAGAGGGCAGACGCCUCAACGCAUGGCGCUCACCACCCUCGUCACCAAACUAGAUUCAAAGUUUUCGUGACUGCAUAAAUUACUCCUCGGUUAUUGCAGUAAAGUCACGUAGAAAAUAAAAUAAUAAUAGAAU